AUGUUAUAAAAUUCUUGUUUUGAGGAUUAUGUUGGAAUGGAAAUUGAAAAUUAAUUAGGAACUAGGGGUCAAUCAAAAGAAUACUUUGGAAAUAAGAGAAUAAAUCUAUUUCAAACCCCUAGAAAAUAGGAUUAUUUGGGACCUGAAAAUUAAAUGGAUGAAUCCUAAUAAUCACCGCAUUUUAUUUUAUAGUGUAAAAAUUAAAGAGAAUCAACACAAUACAAUUAUAACUCUGAAAAUGAAAAUACCGCAAAUGAAAAUAAAGAUGAAUUUCAAAUAGAUAUAAAUUUUACGCCAAAAACAAAUGAAUGCCUAUUCACAGAAUUGAAUAACUUGAUAGUUCAGGUCUAAGAGAAGAUAUAAAAUUUAUCUCAAUAAUCACCAGGUGCGAAUGAUCUAAGUCAAUGUUAUGGUACAUAUAGUGAAAUUAAAUAACAAAUAUAUGAAAUUGAGAGAGUUUAUAGAACUAAAGAUGAUGAGCUUUCAUAAUUGAAUAUCUAAUUGGAAAAAGAAUUUAAUUCAUGUAAAAAUCAGAAGUACUUGGAUCUUACAACAAACAUAUAAGUGAACCAAUCCUUUGAUAUAUCUAAAAGAUAUCAAUAACUUUAAGAAAUUAAAAAAACCAAACUUUAAAAAUUUAAGAAUAAAUAUCAUGAAAAAUAUAGGCUGUUAAAAAGCGACCUUGAUGAGUUAAAGUCUACAGUUAAAUAGUUCCUUUCAAAGAAUUCAUUUACUUUGGAUAAUGAGCAAUGUUAUUUAGAAUUUUCAAAGAUGUUUAAUGCAAAAUUCAAAGAGGAAAUAUCAUUUGGUGAAAAUAGUAAUUAGGAUAUUGAAAAUUAAAAAUCGGAGUCUCCAAAAUUGAAAGAUAAUUAAUGUAUAGAUUCGUUUAUUUUAACAUUGAUGAAAGAAUUCGAUAUAAACGAAGGAGAUGUAGAGAAUAUUAGAGUGUAGAUUUUAUAAUGUGUAAUAAACUAAAAAGAACUCAUUUUAUAGUAAAAAAAUUAAUUGGAAACAAUCCAGACCAAUCAAAACUUAAGUGCAAAUCAACAAAUAAAUAAAUUGAAAAAAAUAAAAGAUGAACUAGAGAAUGAAUUGAUUUAGCUAAACUUGCAGAAAGAGUAAUAGCAAAAAGUCUUGGAUCAAAGUAAUAGGGGAAUUUAGGAACUUAAAUAAAAAUUAGAACGGAUUGAAAAUAUGGAUUACACCUUGCUUAAUUCUAGGUUACUUCAAUAAGAAUAGAUUUAAAUGAAACAGUAAUAGAAACUAAUUUCAAUUGCUUCAAUAAUAUUUUAAUAAUUAAUCGAAUCUGUUUCUUACAAAUCAUAAAUUAAAAUUAUGCUAUAGGAAUACUUUUAACACUUAAACACUUAUUUCGAUAAAGCUAAUGAAAUUAUUAACAAAUAAAAUUGGAAAUAGGAUGAUGAUCCCUUAAAAUACUUUAAUUAUCAUUAAUAAACAGUAUAAAAGAUGAUGGAUAUCAUUUGUGCAGAAUACUCUAAAAUGAUUAGAGUGAUAUAAUAGUAAAGAUAGGACUUAAUGUCUUAGUUAUGA